UCUCGGUCCUUCCUUCCCAGGGUUCAAUGAGCGUUGUGUGGCCCCACCCCGUCUCUCUAAAAGCGCUGUCUAUCUGUUCAAUGUAGGCUACUAUUCUCGGAGAGAGAAAGCAAGAGAGAAAGGGAGAAAAUAAUAACCUCCAAGAAUCGGGUAUUCCCGUCUUUCACCUUCCUCGACCAGCGGCCAGGAGGGGAGCGGCCUUCACGGUGGGAAUGUGCUGCUACAACAGCCCCGCGUCCUACUUUUUGUGAAUGUAAAUGCACAUGUAGUGUCAAGUCUGUAGCCUGUUUACCCACCUAGGAUUCAAGAGGAAUCUACAUAUGUGUAUAUAAAUGGAUUCAUCGGAGUCGAGCCAGAAAUUAAGAAAAAAAGUCUAUCGGUGCGCAGUUUUGGAGGCUUGGUGGUGAUGUGAGGGGCUGAUAACACAUUUCAGCAACAAAAGCGAGGGGCAGAGAGAGAGAAGGCCCUUUGGAGGAGAAAACAGCAAGGAACAGCCAUCACAUAUAAGGAGGACAAAUCGGAGGGGGGAUACUGGAUCAUUUCGGAUUUGGAGGUGGCGAGGGAUCAAGACGAAAAGACAACCGCAGUGAGUUUGGGGCUGAUUUGAUGCAGAGAAUGAAAAAGAGCCGGGUGACGACGGAAGAAGCGAGAAUGCCACACAUGUAGCUCGUUUGGGUGUAAAUAUUAUUUUCCUUACAGCUGUCCUGCUGGGUCCCCGACGAAGACAGCCGUCGGGGAGACAGAAAAAUAGAUAUAGAGUCUAAGUAUACACCCAUGGAAAUGUUUGUCAUGAAAAGCGACGUGGUAACGAGCGGCGCUACAGCACAGGCGAGCUUUGCGGACACGCCGAGUUCGGCUCCUUGUCACGGGCAGCUGUGAGACGCAAGACCCGGGCUUUUGGAGAUGCAAAUUAGGCUGUUUUUUUCUGCCUCCGUUUGAGGUGAACCGCCGUUUUUGGGUCUUAUAGCGGACAUUGUGGAUUACAAGUCUUUAUCUUACACGGCUGAAGGGGGGGGGGAAAGAGUUUGGAAAAACGAAACACAAACUACUGCAUAUAAAAGGGAAAAGCCCGAGCCGGAUUCAGCAAACUGAGAAGGCGGCCUCCGUGUCGUCAGCAACAGUAUCCUGCCCUUUCUCUGACAGCAAAAUACGCGUUACGGACUUUAAAUCUCUACACAGGGGCGCCACGGACCUUAAACGGUGUAAAUGUGGGUAACGUUGCUGCCAAAUCCGCGGGUCAAACGAGGCAUCUAGACUAGUUUAUCUGAUUUAUUUUUCUUUCUACAUUACCCCCCCACCUUCCCUUCCCCCUCCACUACCACCUCCUCCUCCUCUACUUCUUCUUCCACCACCUCUUCCUCCUCCCCUGGACCCCCUUUUUUCUUUUUUCUUGCGGGAAGAUGGGUUGUUUGGGCAACAGUAAGACCGAAGACCAGAGAAAUGAGGAGAAGGCUCAAAGAGAAGCAAACAAAAAGAUAGAGAAGCAGCUCCAAAAGGACAAACAGAUCUACAGAGCAACACACAGACUACUACUUCUAGGAGCUGGAGAGUCGGGAAAGAGCACCAUAGUGAAACAGAUGAGGAUCCUACAUGUCAACGGCUUCAAUGCAGAAGAGAAGAAGCAGAAAAUCCAGGACAUUAAGAAUAAUAUUAAAGAGGCUAUCGAGACCAUAGUAACAGCUAUGACUACCCUAACCCCACCUGUCCAGUUGGCAUGUCCUGAAAACCAGUACCGGAUUGAAUACAUCCUCAACUUUGUCAAUCAGAAGGACUUUGAUUUUCCAUCUGAGUUUUACGAUCACGCAAAGACACUGUGGCAAGACGAAGGUGUCCGGGCUUGCUAUGAGAGAUCCAAUGAGUACCAGCUAAUCGACUGUGCACAGUACUUUCUAGACAAGAUCGACAUUGUGAAACAGAGUGACUACACUCCAACAGAUCAGGAUUUGCUGAGGUGCAGAGUACUGACUUCAGGGAUCUUUGAGACGAGAUUCCAAGUGGACAAAGUUAAUUUCCAUAUGUUUGAUGUCGGCGGUCAAAGGGAUGAGCGCAGGAAAUGGAUUCAGUGCUUUAAUGACGUAACAGCCAUCAUCUUUGUGGUGGCCAGUAGCAGUUACAACAUGGUGAUCCGAGAGGACAAUCAGACCAACCGUUUACAGGAGGCCCUCAACCUCUUCAAGAAUAUCUGGAACAACAGGUGGCUGCGGACCAUUUCUGUCAUCUUGUUCCUAAAUAAACAGGACCUGCUUGCAGAGAAGGUGUUGGCAGGGAAGUCUAAAAUCGAAGAAUACUUCCCAGAAUUUGCUCGCUACACCACACCUGAUGAUGCGACGCCAGAACCUGGAGAAGAUCCGCGUGUUACAAGGGCAAAGUACUUCAUCAGAGAUGAGUUCCUGAGGAUCAGCACAGCAAGUGGAGAUGGAAGGCACUACUGUUACCCCCAUUUCACCUGCGCCGUCGACACAGAGAACAUCCGCCGCGUCUUUAAUGACUGUCGAGACAUCAUCCAGCGGAUGCACCUGCGGCAGUACGAGCUGUUGUGAUGGGAGAGGAAAGGUGUUAGGCCAAAAAGAUAAAACCAGAUCGGACUAUGGAAGACGAAAAAGAAAUCCCUGAACCUGCGUCUCUGAACUCUUCUGCAGAAGUAUGAGAGCUCUUGUGACACAACAGUGGCCAAAACACACACGCACUUAUAGUAAACAUGCCGUGAACCCAGAAAUUCCCCUGAUGCAAACUCUCUACCUGAUGCAGAAUUUUUGACGGAUGGGUUUGAGGGGCUUACACGUAAAACAGACUUCAGUCUUGACUUUCAGCCAUACUCCCAGCUCCUCACCUUUCGACAUCAUGUUAUCUUCACGUUACCUUCAUCUUCCUAAAAACAGAAAAGUGGCCCAGUCCGGACAGAGUUUCCUGCAGCGAGAGUUGGAGCUGCAGCUUGAGUUUUGUUCGUCUUUUUCUUUUUUUUUGGUUUUUUCUCCCCUGAUUGGGCUGAAAACUAAGAGCUACUACUUCAGUGCAAUUGGGAAAGAGAUGAAUUACUGCAAAUGGAGAAUGAAUAUAUCACAGCAGAUCAACUGAACACUGUAUUUAAAAGA